AUGGCUGCCGCAGUUCAGUCAGCUCCCUCUUUAGAGACUCUGUCUGACAGCAUCGACAAAGUCAACGUCCUUAAGACAGACAUCAAGCACAACAAAGACCUCUACGAUGAGUCCGAAUUCGACAAAGCCAAAGACAAGACCAUUUUCCGCCAGUUCAAUGACGCAUGUGAUCAAGUCAAGAACUUCUAUGCUCAGCAACACACCCUCCAAACCGUGGCAUACAACCUGAAAGCCCGCAAUGAGUUCAAGAGCAAGGCCCGCGCUCACAUGACGGUGUGGGAGGCUCUGGAGAAAUUAGACACCUUUGUCGACGAAUGUGACCCUGAUACCCAAGAAAGCCAACUCACCCACCUGCUUCAAUCUGCCGAGGCAAUUCGUCAGGAGGGAAAGCCCCGAUGGAUGCAACUUGUCGGCUUGAUCCAUGAUCUUGGCAAACUUUUGUUCUUCUUCGGUGCGCAGGGACAAUGGGAUGUUGUGGGGGACACCUUCCCAGUUGGUUGUGCCUUUGAUGACAGAAUCAUCUACGGAACCGAGUCAUUCAAAAACAACGAGGACUACAACAACUUGACAUACAGUACCAAAUACGGCAUCUACUCCCCUGGGUGUGGAUUGGACAACGUCAUGCUCUGCUGGGGUCAUGACGAGUAUCUCUACCAUAUCGUCAAGGAUCAAUCUACUAUCCCCGAUGAGGGAAUGGCCAUGAUCAGAUAUCAUUCUUUCUAUCCCUGGCACCGCGAGGGUGCGUACCAUGAGUUGAUGAAUGAGCACGAUGUGAAGAUGCUUGAAGCUGUAAGGGCUUUCAACCCCUACGACUUGUACAGCAAGAGCGAUGAGGUUCCCAAUCCGGAGAAGCUGAAGCCUUACUACCUUAAGCUCAUUGAUGAGUUUUUCCCGCAGAAGGUCGUGAGGUGGUGAUUCAUUCUGGUAAUCGCCAUUGAAAUACUUGUGGGAUACAUUCGACAAAUC